AUGGCAACCACCCCAUGCUUCCUCCUCCUCUUAACUUUCUCUCUCUCUCUUCUCCUUCCUUCUAUUGCCGACAAUGACAAUGCGCGAUGCAUUGCCAGUCCUCAUGGGAACAAUAUCCUGUACUCCGGAUGUCGUCUUAAUACAGGAGAAUCCCUUAAGGAAGGAGACUACAGCCUUGUAAUGCAAGGGGACUGCAACCUCGUCCGUUACCGUGGGUCGCAACCUAUAUGGGCUUCACAGACUUACGGCAGAGGCAGUCAUUGCUAUUGCAUACUGCAAACAGAUGGUGAAAUGGCGGUUUUCAAUGGGAAUGGUGUCUGCGUAUGGCGCAGCGGUACAUCGCGUGAAGAAGGUGACUAUGCAUUCGUUCUUCGAUCUGAUGGGGAAGGGGCUAUUUAUUCUGCUAUAUGGUACAUGGGUACUAAUCACGUAUUGACUCAUUUGCCUUCAACUUUAGUUCUACCCAACGAUGAGGAGUGA